AUGGCCCCUUAUGAAGCACUCUACGGCCGGAAGUGUCGAUUGCCUCUUUGUUGGAUGGAACUGAGUAAGAGAACGGUUUUAGGACCAGAGUUGGUAGAUGCCACCACGGAGAAGAUUAAGGUCAUCAAACAGAAGUUGUUGACUGCCCAAAGUUGGCAAAAAAGUUAUACCGAUAGGAGGAGGAGACCGUUGGAAUUUUGUGAGGGUGACUAUGUAUUUUUGAGGGUCACGUCGACUACUGGCAUUUGGAGGUCCAUCAAAGCAAAGAAGUCAUCUCCUAGAUUUCUUAGACCCUUUGAAAUUCUAGAGAGAAUUGUAGAAGUAGCCUAUCAGGUUGCUUUACCCCCGUACUUGUCCAAUGUGCACAACGUGUUCCAUGUGUCCCAACUCAAGAAAUACCAUCCCGAUCCGUCUCACAUCCUAGAACCAGAAGAGGUGGAGUUGCAUGAAAACCUAACUUACCAGGCAGAACCAAAAAGAAUCUUUGAUGUGAAAGACAAACAGUUGAGAAAUAAGACCAUUCGGUUGGUGAAGGUGUUUUGGAAGGGCAUGAGUCUAGGUGAUGCCACGUGGGAGAUGGAAGAACGGAUGCGGCGCGAGUACCCUCUUUUGUUUUCUUAG